UGACUCCACCGGACCGGAGGGCAUGCAUGUUGCAGCCUCCCUUGAGCAAGAAGAUCUGACGCCUUGUAUGCCGUUGCUGAUCGUGGAGCCGGAGCAUCAGGCUCCUACUACACUACUGGUGCUUGUGUUGUGCCGGGGCCAAUGGCCGAAGAAAUGAAAGCCGGGAGUGACUGCUGGCUGAUGGGCAAGCCACGGAACUUGGAAAAGAGAUUUGUAGGUCGAAGGCUUGAGAAGGAAGACGAAGCAGAGUCAGUGGAGGUUCUUGUUGUGCUCCAGCUCUUUCCAGUGGGCGGCUGGCUACUCAACUGAUCAGGUGAUGCGAUGUGAUGAUGAUGGCAUCAGCUGAGCGACGGGCGGACGGACGGCGUCUGCAGCAAGCUGCAAGAGGUAUUUGUUCCUUGGACAGGGUAGGAUGCUAGCCAGCCUCGUGGGCAUGAGUGGACCGUCCGGUGGAAUUGGCAUUAGGAUCUGUAUAAUAGAAGGACGAGGGGAAAAGGAACAUGACAAGUGCGAGAGCAUAUUCCACCUCUUUUUUGACUAGGCAUAUUCCACCUGUUGGCAAACAUAUGCGUCCAACGUUUUCGUGACCACCAUUUGCCUCUAAGGAACAGUAAAAUUGUUGCAACUAUUACUGUUUUACAUUUUUUUUUCCGUCAGGCAGUUUUUUUUUUUCAUUUUUUUCGCCUCCUGUGAGCCCCACCUGGCAUGGAGAUGGCUGUGUUGCCCAACAGAGGGGGAAAGAAAGAGGCGAGCAGCAGAAGACGAGGCCAGCCCAAGAAAUCAGGGAUCGAUCGAUCGGAUCCAACUCCGUCCAGUGCAUCGGUCCUAUAAGACGAGGACGAGCCACCGCCCCUUCACCCAACAUACCUCCUCCAUCUGCCUGCCGCGAGAGUCCUCCACUCCACAACAACCAUCGAGAAACAAGCGCCUAAUUCUUCUCUCGCACCAUGGCGUCCACCAAUGGCGGCUUUGCCAGUCCCCUCGCAGCGACCGUUCCGGUUGAGGCGGUUCUCUUUGACAUCGAUGGCACUCUGUGCGACUCAGACCCUCUUCAUCACGUCGCUUUCCAAGAAAUGCUUCUUGCGAUUGGGUACAACAACGGCGUGCCCAUAGACGACGAGUUCUUCAUAAACAACAUUGCUGGAAGGAGCGAUGUUGAAGCUGCCCAAAAUUUGUUUCCAGACUGGCCUCUCGAAAAGGGGCUGAAAUUCCUAGAGGAGAAAGAGAUCAAAUACAGAAGUUUGGCAAUGGAGCGCCUAGAGCCUGUAAAGGGACUUGGCAAGCUGGUUCAGUGGGUGAAAGAUCACGGCUACAAACGUGCUGCAGUAACCAAUGCCCCAAGGAUCAAUGCAGAGCUGAUGAUCAAACUUCUUGGUCUAUCAGACUUCUUCCAGGCCGUGAUAGUUGGAGGUGAAUGCGAGAAGCCAAAGCCCGCACCCUUCCCAUACCUGAAGGCCCUCAAGGAGCUCGAAGUAUCUGCGGCACACACCUUUAUCUUCGAGGACUCUGCUUCAGGGACGCGUGCGGGUGUUGCUGCGGGGAUGCCCGUCGUCGCCGUGUUGACGAGGAACCCGGAGAAGUCCCUAGAGGAAGCCGGGGCCGCAUUGAUCGUCAAUGACUAUGAAGACCAGAAACUGUGGAACGCGCUCGAGGAGAUUGACAGGGAGGAAGCGAAGCUAAAGAGUGGUGGGGCAUGAGACGAUGAUGGCGACGAACAGUUCAUUAGACCACUGCAAACUUACCCAUUCUUAUUAUUUAUAAGGGAAUCUGCGCCCUGAAGUUAUUAUGGUAGGACAGAGCUCAUCUAGGUAUUUUGAGCUUUUUAGUUUGGUAUAUGUGUUUGUUUCUUGUUGUCUAUUCCUUCUGUACCUAAGUACUUGUAGUUGGGGAGCUUCUGGACCUAAAUAUUUGUAGUUGGGGAGGUACAGAGGGAGCAGGAGAGAAGCAAAUAAGAAACUUUUGUGCCCAUGACAUGAGAUUGUUCGGUUGAUGGGGCCUAUGAAAAUGGCAUAUCUAUCAGGCCCAUUGCCUACCAGCUCUGAA